UUCCUGUACAUAUGGGAAAUACUCUUUCAUUGUUAAUCUACAAGGGAGAAAUGACCCUUCAUAGUAUCUUGGAGAUCAUGAAAAACAAGAAGCGCAAAUUGCAGGGAAAGCCGAGAGCGAGUGAAGAGAUGACGGCCACCAGGGAUUCCUACGGAUUCAGCAAGCAGUGGUCGAUCUUUCGGGUUCCGGAGCACAUUCGUGAGGUAGACAAGAAGGCGUACAACCCUCGGGUCGUCGCGAUCGGUCCGUUCCAUCGGGACCGGCCAGAGUUGAGGGCGAUGGAAACUCAGAAGCUGAGGCUGUACGAGCGACUUAUGAAGCAGAUUGUUGGCGAGGAACGUGAUGUGGGUCUCCAGACUGCGAUCAAGAAGUUGGAAGGCAGGGCAAGGAGAUGUUAUUCAGAGGAGUUCGACGAUGUCAGCAGCGAGGAAUUUGUCCAGAUGAUGCUUCUCGACGGGUGCUUCAUAGUCGAGCUCAUGCGGUUGUAUCAUAAGAGUAAUGAGUACGGUGAACAUUUGGAAGAACCUAUAUUCGCAACGAGAUGGAUGCUUCCCAACAUCACUAGAGAUCUGCUAAUGCUCGAGAACCAAUUGCCCUUUUUUGUGUUGCAAGAAAUAUACAAGCUCACCACCUUCGGUGAGAAAGAGACCCCACUAAACAAGCUCGCGCUCCUAUUCUUCGAGCCUCUACGACCCCAAAAGGGCGAAUACACUGAGAUAAAGUUGCAAGACCAAGGGACGCAUCAUCAUCUCCUCGCUCUAUUUCACUCUAGUUUCCUCCCGUGUGACUACCGUCCUUCUCUAAGGUUCCGAGGCGUGAGAUGGAACAGACAGGAAAAUUUACCGGGGAAGUUUUGGCUGGAAGAAGCAAGAACACUUCGGAGAUCCGGCAUUAAGUUCAAAAGCAAUCCCGGUAACCUCCUCAACAUAGAAUUCGAGAACAGGGAGCUCCGAAUCCCAACCCUAUUCAUCGACGACUCCACGGGACCUUUGUUCCGGAACUUGCUGGCUUACGAACAGUGCAAUGCCUUCGCUGCGCCGUAUUUCACCUGCUAUGCAAUCUUCCUCAACAGCAUCAUCAACGCGCCAGAAGACAUCGAGAUCCUUCAAGAUGCGGGGAUCAUAAUACAGUCCAAGGCCGUGGACGAAGAAGUGGUGAACCUUGUUAAUAGCCUCACCAAGGAGCUUGUGUUCGAUUUGCACGACAUGAAUGACUGCUACAUAGUACAGCAAAUCGAAGACAUCAACGCCUUCUGCAGAUCUUGGAUGAGUAAAUGCAUCUAUCACGUCUCCAACAUCGAUUUCAUCAGUAUCGGAUUAUCAUUUAUAUUCCCUUCAUUCAAAUAAUUGUA